UCAGAGGGCGCUACGUCCAAAUGGGAGCAGUUUUUAUUCAGACAAUGGGGUCAGACGACACAGUAGCCAGCUAGCUAGUCCACAACACACCUGACGUUUCUCCAGGUAACUUAUUUCGCGUCUGUGGAUUUCUUGAUGUUUUACUGUGAAAAUAAGCACUUUAACCGUGGACUGAGCUCACGGUACAAUAACGACUAUUCUUUCACUUAGACUAGCCGCCCGUAGUCAUGUUUUAGCCGGCUAGCUUUCCAUCUUAACUAACAUCUGUUAGCUCGGUUGCUAACAGCUGUCAUGUUGCGCGUCAGCGCAGAGAAGACCGACUGAAUAUUCCUCAACGGUCGUCACACUAACCAACUGACGGUAACGAACUGACUAGCUGCUAAAAACUAACACAUUUUAUGAGGGAGUCACUUGAAGCUGCACCACUGCUGCCCCUAACAUGAGGAGACUGACGAAGAAGAAGGCUCUGACUCUGGUGAAGGAGUUGGACGCUUUCCCCAAAGUUCCUGAGAGCUAUGUGGAGUCCACAGCCAGCGGUGGGACAGUGUCUCUGAUAGCAUUCACUCUCAUGGCUGUCCUCGCCUUCCUGGAGUUCUUUGUGUACACAAACACAUGGAUGAAGUACGAGUACGAGGUGGACAAAGACUUCAGCAGUAAGCUGAGGAUAAAUGUUGACAUUACAGUGGCCAUGAGAUGCCAAUAUAUAGGUGCUGAUGUCCUGGAUCUGGCAGAGAACAUGGUUGCUUCUGAUGGCUUAAAAUAUGAACCAGUCAACUUUGAGCUCUCUCCAGAGCAAAGAUUAUGGCACAUGACACUACUGCACAUCCAGGAGCGUCUGAGAGUGGAGCACGCUCUCCAGGAUGUACUCUUCAAGGCUGCAAUAAAAGCAGCUCCUCCCGCGGAGCCUCAAAGUGAGGACAGUCCCACUUCCCUUACUGCCUGCAGGGUACAUGGACACAUGUACGUCAACAAGGUGGCAGGGAAUUUCCACGUUACCGUUGGCAAGUCCAUCCCGCACCCCAGAGGCCAUGCCCAUCUAGCUGCACUUGUCAGCCAUGACACUUAUAAUUUCUCUCACCGGAUUGACCACCUGUCCUUUGGAGAAGUGAUUCCUGGGAUCAUCAGCCCUCUGGAUGGCACAGAGAAAGUCUCUGCUGAAUCUAACCACAUGUUUCAGUACUUCAUCACCAUUGUGCCCACCAAACUCAACACCUACAAGAUCUCUGCAGAAACUCACCAGUACUCAGUCACUGAGCGGGAAAGAGUGAUAAACCAUGCUACAGGCAGCCAUGGAGUCUCGGGGAUCUUUAUGAAAUACGAUAUCAGCUCACUAAUGGUCAAAGUCACGGAGCAGCACAUGCCUCUCUGGCAGUUUCUUGUCAGACUCUGUGGCAUCGUUGGAGGCAUUUUCUCUACAACAGGCAUGCUCCAUGGUGUGAUAGGAUUCUUGUUUGAUGUUGUUUGCUGCCGUUUCCAAAUGGGAAUCUACAGACAUCUAAAGGAGGCUCCUCUGAAUGAGGAGACAAACGGUGAAACCUCAAUUCCUACAGAAAAUAACGCUGAAUCAUGAGUCGGCUGUCUGCUCACCAUCUCUGCCUAAUCUACUAAACAGCGACGAGAUGCUGGGAACAUGUUUACAAGUUGUUUUAUUUUAAAAUACGUUCCUACUUUGUUCAGAAAUGUGUAAAUAUUUGUAUAAUUUCUUUAAAAAAAAAAUAUUGUGUGAGUGCAAAAUGAAUACAUGACUGUUCAUCCAUCUGUGAAGGAUUAUAAUCAAUAUCUCCACUCUGUCACUUUCACUGGGAAAGCUGCAUAAUUCACUAAAUAUUUACAUCAUUAUUGUGGAUCUGACUUCAUUGAAUAUGUGGUACCUGGCGUUAGAGCUCCCUCGUUGCACUCGCACAUGUUUCACUUAGUUUGGCUAAUCACACCUGUUCUCAGGGUUAUGUGAGCGUCAUUGAUAGAUAAAUGUUUUACCAGAAUUAACAUUGAUUCUGAUUCUUUCAUGUAGUUUGGUGACCUCAGAAAACUCAUCCGUGCUGUGUGUGAGGCGGAUUUGUUAAACAAAAUUCACUUUCAACUCGAUGUGGACCCAUUAUUAAUAUUUAGCAUUGUUUUUGGUAUCGUCUCACCUCGGGUUGUCAUCAUCGAUUAUUAUUUUUGAUUAAUAAAUUAAUUGUUCAGCCUAUAAAAUAUCCCAAAAAAUGUUAAGUCUUGAAAUGUUUUGUUUUAUCCAUCCAAAAAUCUUCAAUAUCAGCAAAACUUCACAAUAAAGAUCACCUAUUCUCAAA